CCGGUUUAUCCCGCCCGCUGCCCCGGCGCUCGCCAUGGCGCUGCCCGUCGUUCACAGGUGCCUCCAACUCACUGAUGAAAAUGAGCAGUUAGUCAAGAAGGUGAAAAAACUACACAUAAAAAAUAAGGAGCUAGAAAGGAAUCUGGGUCAGAUCCAAGAACAACUGUAUCUGCAGCAGUUAAUGCAUGGCACAAGCAGAGAUGUUCAGGUUCAAACAGAAACCCAUUUGUGGCCUAAGAGUGGAGACAGCAAGGAUCUGGUUCUAGAGAGUGACAGUGUCAGACUGCUUCAGAUGUAUAAUGAGCUACAGAAGCGUUAUGUUAAAGAAACCAAAACAAACAAGGAGCAAAGUGAAGCCAUUAAAAAUCUCACUAUUAAAAUUAAUGAGCUAGAGCAUAAUCUUCAAGAGCAGAGGCAAAGAAUUGAGCAACUGGAAUGUAAAAAGGUUUCUUGGAAAACUAGUGCUGUUUCUAGAAAACGCAGUCAAACCCCAGAGGGAGGAGUAGCUUCUCACAAGGACAUUUCUGCAGAGAAGGAAGCCUGUUGCAGUAGAUAUUUAGAGCUAUUGUUGAAGGAGAUUAAAAAGCUGAAGAAAGAAAAUGGAAGGUUGUCUGCAGAAAAGAGAGCACUAAAAAAUGAAUUAGCUGGAUUAGACAAGGAUUUUUUUGAAGAGGUAGAAGAUCUAAAACAUGCUGUACAGGAAUCUGUGAAACUCAACAAUGAGUAUGAAAAGUGCUUGAAACAAAUCAGUGUAAUGUAUGGACUUCCUUUUACUGCACAUUUGUAACUACUGGGUAAUUUAAUGCCAGCUAGAGUUUCUACAUAUUUUUUAUAAUUACUGCAACAUUUAAACCUACCAUUGCUUAAGUGGUACCAUAGUUUGAUAAUAUAGAUUCAGCAAUGUGAUCUCAUUAUGACAAGUGCUUGGAAAUGUUGUAUUUCGUGACCUAGAUUUUGUUUGUUUGUGUAUAUAUUUAAAUAAAUUCUGAUCUGCAUAAAUUCAACUAAGUUUCAAACCCAUCUCUUUCCCACUUGCAGAAUAUAUUCUGGUUAUGGGUGUGUAUGGGAAUAAAAUGAAAUUGUUUUAUUUUUCAGAUUUUCCCAAUUUAUCCUUUUCUGUAAGCUACAUAAAAUCAAACUGUGUAGAUUUGUCAGUCUGCGUGAAUUUCAACACUAAGGAUGUGCUAAUGCAAACAGAAAUUAUUAUAUCAUUAAAUUAUUGCAGAGGGAUUUCUUAGAAGAAAAAUGCUACAUCUCUGCUUGGAAUUUUUCUUCAAUCCCAAUAAUAAGUGAAAAAUUGUGGAUGAAGGAAGGAUUUUGCGUUCAGAAUUGGAAAGUGUAUUCAGAGCAUUUUGCAUCAUCAAAAGAAUAAUUCCUCAGAAGCUCUUUUUUGAUUCAAGAGCUUGAAGAACUCUGGUAUUUGAAGAGCUGAAAAGGAAAGUGGGAGUGCAGAAAGUUACAGUCCAUGAGGCAGAAAUGUCAUGUUGCUUCAGAGAGGGUGAGCCGGGAAUGGAAGGAGACAGCUCCCAGUUACAGGUGUAGCUUGCAGAACCUUGGGAGAUUUGAAUCUCAGCCUGUUGGUAAUGACAUGGCACAAAAGUUUAACAUAGUUACAUUGCAGAACUAUGUUUUUCUGAAAGGUGCAGAUCUCUACCUUUGUGACAUUG